AUGUCUACGAUGGAAACCACUACUGCUAGUCGGUCUCGCAACCUGUGGAGUGCAGAGGAAGACAGCCUUCUUCGACGUCUCGUCGAGUCUCAUGAAAAAGACAAAGUCGACUGGCGCGUUAUUGCCUCGUUUCUCCCCGGCCGCAACAACAAGGACUGCCGCAAGCGAUGGCACUAUCGAGUGUCAGCGAGCAUGAAUCUCGGACCCUGGUCACAGACCGAGGACGAGCUCUUGAAAGUCGGCAUUCAGCGUUAUGGCACACACUGGUCCCGAGUGGCCCAAGUCGUAGGCACCAGGAAUGGCGAUCAAUGCUUUAAACGGUGGAACGAUGUUCUCGACCCAGGUAUAGAUCGUAGCCCCUGGACGCGCGACGAAGACCGGAUGCUUUUGCUUGCCAUUGGAAAGUACGGACGAUCGUGGAAGCAGAUUGUCGACACUUAUUUUCCCGGCCGGACUGGACUGGAUGCAAAGAAUCGACACAGACAACUGACUCGGAAGCGCAAGAGAGAGGAGAAAGUCGAGAACAACAGCGAAAGAGCCCCAGAAACACCAGCACCACCAGUGCUUUCUAUGUCCCAAUCCCCAAACCGACAACAACAGGCCCCAGAAUACGUAUCGGCACCAAAGUACAACCCUGCCGCUUCAGUUAUGAGACUAAACACCCAAAGUACAAACAGCUUGCUUGCUCCACGAUCAUCUCCGCAGUCCGACGAGCGUCUUUUGUCGGCUCAGUCAUGUCCUGAUUGGAACUUGACUCCUGAUACGCUGCUGAGCCCGCAGCUACCUACUACACCUUAUAGUUCGGGUAGCAACUCGUCAUUCAGCAAUGCGGGCGGCAGUAUGUCUGAGUUGAAUGAAUAUUUCCCGCAGCAUUUAACACCGGCCUUGCAUGUGGAGCAGGCCAGCGAGCUGCUGACGCCUGUCUCGGAUGCAUCGCUGAUUUCAAGUUAUCCCUUUUUCAUGCAAAUGCCAGACGGCCACGCAGCUGGCGUUCAACACCACCAAAACUACAUGGGCGUGCUCGACCUCAGGUCAGACACAGCGCCGAUUCGUCCUAUGUCGUCACCACGUAUAUCUUACUGGAAUCCUGGAUGGAACGUAGCUACUUAG